AAUCAAUCUGAAAAUCAGACAAGCAGGUGGAGAUGAAUUACGAAUUUAGGCGAGAAAGUGGUUUUAUCAACAGCCAGCCUUCGCUCGCAGAGUGCCUGACAUCUGUAGCCAACCCCGUCGGUGAUGCUUUUCAAAAUGCAUCAAUCAAGAGGUCGGCGCUUUCACAGUCGACACUGAUGGAGCAGACCAUCCCUGGCCUGAUCGCCGGCAUCCACCCACGCCACGGCCGCUUAAAGGAUCCGCUGCAAGCUGCCAGCCUGCCCCCGGAGUACCCGUGGAUGAAGGAGAAAAAAAGCAUCAAGAGAAUUCCGACUGCUGCUGCUGCUGGGACCACGGCGGGCUCCUCGCCACUUUGUUUAGGUUCACCGGAGAUGCCGGAGGUUUUGUUUGGCAGUGGAGGAGCGUCCCGGAGGUUGAGGACCGCGUACACCAACACCCAACUUCUGGAGCUGGAGAAGGAGUUUCAUUUUAACAAAUACCUGUGCAGGCCGAGGCGAGUGGAAAUAGCUUCUCUGCUGGAUCUAACGGAGAAACAGGUGAAAGUGUGGUUCCAGAACAGGAGGAUGAAGCACAAGAGGCAGAAUCACUGCAAGGAGAACCGGGACAGUGAGGGGAAAUACACGUGUCUGGACGACGGGCCGGAGGACGAGUUUGGACAGGCAGUGGAUAGCGGCGCAGAUGGUACCGUCCUGGAGAGGGAGAGCUAUUUCCACCAAAAUACCUUAGCUUCACAACAGUGUCAAAACGGCCACAAUGGGGACAACCAAAGCCCGGAGGUUACGCCUUUGAACAGCAAUGAGAAAAAUCUGAAACAUUUCGCUAACCCUGCACCCACUGUUCCCAUCUGCAUGGUAACAAUGGGCUUGGACAAAGAUCAUUCCUCGGGUCUGGACGUUUCUUUGACGGAUUUCCACGUUUUCUCAUCCCCUGCUUCUUUCUCGCCGAGUUUGUCGGAUUCGGCACAAAGUCCCUUGUCUUUAUCAUCCGAAACAUUUAACCUUUUCUCAGAAACACUCACAACAAUCGACCUGCAAAACUUGAGCUACUGAAAUAUUCCAACAGGUUUUAUUUGAAUUAAGCCUAGUGUGCAGUUUAAAAAAAAGUUUUAGCGGUAAUAUAUCUCAUAAAUAAGGUAAGUUAAAACAAAAGCAAUACAGCUAUUACUAUAUAUGGGGAGUCUAUUCCAUUAUGCU